AUGCCUUCCUUGCCCAUCGAAGCCUCCCAGUCAGCUCGGGAUAUUGCACUGACGCUCAUCACCCGAGCUUCAGGAAGCAGAGGGAGCAGUCGCGUCGGUAGACCCGCCCGAACCGGUAUGCGAGUCCUCAGCGGCGGCAUAAUCGCCGCCAUAGUCAUCGGCUCCUUGGUUGGCCUGGCAUUGAUUAUCCUUGCUAUUCUUCUCUUCCGCCGUCACAAGAGACAGAGCCAAGCUAGAAACAAGGAGAUGCAGAAGUACUACGGAGAUAACCGGUCCAGCAUCGGUUCCACCAACUACGGCGGCGACUACAACAAUACCACGACCACCAAUAAUGGUGGCUACAACUACGGCCAGGGCUACGGAUACGCACACACUGCUGCGCCAGGACAAUACGGCUAUGCCCCGCGGGACAACGGUGGUGUAUCCGGUGUCGCUCCUGCUCAUACUGCGGAUCACGUUACCACGAAAUAA